GCCCUGGCACACCUUUUAUAAGCAGCGGCGACGCCCUGCACAUGGCAUAAGAGAAGAAAAGUCGGCGCCAGAUAGCAUCUCUGCGUCGUGGUGCUCCUCUCACUCGCCAUGAAAACUGUAGUCGUGCUCGUCUUGCUGCUGUGCGCGUGCACUGCCUUAUGUGUGCAGGUCAAGGAUGGCAACAGGAUGUUCCCCUUAGAGGCGGUGAAGCAGCUGAAGGCGCUGAUGGACAAAGCGGGGGCACGUCUCGGUCCUCGGCUCGCCCAUAGCGCAGCGGUGGUUGCCGUGUGCACCGACCCCAUCCUGCCACGAGUUUUUUAUCCUGUGUGCCGAAGCCAAGGUGCUGACGAGGUCUUCUCCAGACUUGUGAAUGUCCUCAUGUCUUCUGACCCAUGUGAGAUAUGCGCCAACCCCUCCUGCUUUGGCUGUCUGCAUUGAGACUGACGUUACAAUCAGGAAUCAUCAUCUGCAAGCAACAAGAAAAAUGAUGAUACACUUUCGUUUUUUUUGUUUUGUUUUUUUUUUAAUGUAAGUUUCCAGAAUCGUAAUUAUUCUUUUAAAUGAUCAACUAGCUUUUCAGGUUGGACUCUUUAAUGACUCUGUCUUGCUAAUAAAAUGUGCUUUCUUUACCCGA